AGCAAAUGUCACCGGCUCUUUUGACAGCACAUACAUGAUAAGUCGAAAAUAAUAUUUUUAUAACAAAAUAAUUAACAAUAAACAAUAAUCCUCAGGAAAUAUAAAAUGCCUUCAUCACCAACAACUGCCUCGGCGAACAUCCCCAAGGAAGUAUCGUCCUUCUCUUCAUUUCAUUCGACUUUUGAAAUUACCGAAACUAAAUACUCUGUGCGAAUAUUAAAAAUGCACAAAUCAACUUUCAUCUACAUCGGCAUUAAUGGCAGGGAGUUCCUCGAUGAAAUUGGCAUUGCAAUGCCAAUGGCAGAUUCACCCGGCAGUGUGGUUAACACAGUCGCGUUGGGCCCCCAACUUGGAUGUGAUUCGCAGCAACUUGCUCAAAAGUUAGCCAAACGUCUGAACAAACAAAUAUACGUCAGCUGUAAUAUUCCAUUCGAUCGAAUGGUCAUGCCAUUGUUGGAGAAGAACUUGGUCAAAAUUAUCCAAGAGAAUCCUGAAGUAGUCUAGAAUAAUUAUAAGAGUUUUGUAAAUAAAGAAUAAAUCGAUUUUGUGUGCCUCUGAGUACAAAAAUAUUA